GUGAGGAGACACGUCAGACAGACCGACUUCUUCAACAUGAAUCCUGCUCUGGUGCUGUUGGCGUCCCUGCUGGCUGCAGCGGGGGCUCAGUCUCAGGACCACCAUGACAUGGGCUGGGUCAACGGAUACCGGCAGAGCUUUAACUUCCAGUGUCCCCACGGUGAGGUCCUCGUGGCAGCCAGGAGCUACUACAGCGAGACUGAUGGCAUGGACCGCCUGUGGUCAUUUGAGUGCCAGCCCACACCUGAGGGUCUGGGACAGCCAAGUGACUGCUGGUGGGACGACAUAAACCGAGCUGGGUUGGAGUGGUGGGUCUGUUUUUACUUCCUGACUUCCUUAUUUCUCUGAAUUUUAGAGUUUUGAGCUGAGACUAGCUGUGAGACAAACACAUCUGUUCAGGGUUUGAGUUAAGAUCAACAAGUGUGAUGAUUGCAAUGUUUGGAGGAAGAGAAUAUUGAAUGUUUGAAUACUGUUCAAGCUGCACUGAUUUGAUUUCACUUGGAGUUUAGGGAGUUCAAUUUCAGAUGCUUUGUUGAUACACUAUUGCACAGAGAUGCACAGCACUCACUCAGAUGAACUUAAUGGUUUUCUCCUGCUAACAAUCUCACUGCAAACAUCAUUAUUCAGGCUGCCUAGGUCGACAGGGAUUUCAACUGUAAUAAUAUGAAUAAAUAAUGCUGAAUGCUUUAUGACUCCAUAACUCAGAGAUGAAGUGAAAGGAAAUGAGUAAAUCCAUCACUCUGGAACAUCUGAGUCAGAUUACAGGUGUUCAGUAAAAGCUGCAGUAAACUUUAUUUCAUAGGUUUCUUUUCCCCAUUGCAGCAGCUGCAGACAUCUGAGUGGUAUGAUUCUGUCCUCCAAGGCCCUGAUUAGCAUCAAGAAGGACAUUUAUUGCACAUGAGACAGCCACACAGCUCGCACAACUUUACCCCUUUCAAGGCUUAUUGUUCCAAUCAACAGGAGGCGCAGAUCAAAGAUAAAAACAGCAUAAUUACUGGACGGUGUCUCUCCUCUUUAGGACAUAAUGUGACCAACAAUACAGGCUGUUAAAUGUCACUAUUAGCAGACAACAAAGGCCCAUACGAGGCCUGAGUAGAAGCUGUUGUAUGAACAAAACCACUGUGUUGUUGCUGGGUGUGUGGCUUACACACAAAUGGAAAACCUCAAGUGCCCAUAUAGAGACUUAGUAAGGGUGCAGCUGCAACCAGAGGAUGUCAGUUAUCAUACUCUAGCUCUCUGCAUGUUCAAGUUAAUCUUUUUUCUAUAAUAAAAGCUUGUAGCAGGUGUAAAUUAACAAACUAAAAUUUGAAUUGAUUAUAGCAGAAAAACUGUGCUUCUGCAGAAGUUGGCUUGUGCCACAUAGUUCUUGAGCUGCAAGGCGUAGGUCAGGCAUACACUAUAAAUAUUGAAACUGAUUGUAUCUUGAUUUUUGAAUUGCACAGGUGAUUUUUAAAGUAGGGCCAGAAUUAAGCCUAAUUGCGCAUUAUGGACUGUGCAGCUCACAUGGGGCACAAUGGCCAGUCGGUGGGUAAUAAGCUGCUGCUGACAGUCUGGGUGAAUUUCUGGCAUGUUAGAAACAUGGUCAGCUGACAGUGUACACUGGAGAAGUGAGAGCAGGACCACAAGAUGAGUCUCAGAUUUCAGGCCUUUUUCCUGAUCACACCUGCAAAAUGUGCAUGACAGCAACAGGCCAAUUAACUUUUAAAUAUAGAACACAUACUGUAAUAUACCUGUCAACCAUAACAUAAUGACCACUUCGGAUGCAAUCUAAAAGAAAGCGACACGCCUCAGUGGGCUUGGAAGGAUACAGCCCUUGAACACAUUCACACAGUGAGUACAUGUCAAACCUAACCAAACUGCACUUGCUCAUUUAAAACACAUCCUCCUUAGAGAUUAGUUUAGAUUAUAAAUGAAAAUGACAGAAAUUCUUGGGUGUGAUUUUACAGCAACCUAUAUUGCUACUUCCAUGUUUUACAAAAGCAGCAUUUCUGGCAACAUGUUCAGAUCAGUAUCAGAGUUUUAGCCUUAUGCUAUGCUAAAACUUUAACAUGAGAGGAGAAGUGGCCAAUAGAAUAUGAUUCAAAGGUUAAAUGAAACACAAAUACAGAUCAUGAUGUACACUUCACCAAAGACUUUAACUUUUUUUUUUUUUUUUUUGAAGUUUUGAUUCCAGUAAAUCCCUUCUUCAAAACUCGAUUAUCGGAUCCAGGAAAGAAUUCUGCCAAUUUUGAAUGGAAAAAAUCCGAUGCAACCUCAAAACUGAUUCAGACAUCUUGACGCCCCUCUGCUACCGCACAGGAAAAUGAAAAAAAUGAGUCAGAUUUUCCACAUGUGAAUCUUUUUUAUUUUUAUUUUUUACUUUCAUAAAAAUUUGUUCAAUUGCUUUCCCGUCCAGAAGAAAUCAGCCGGGUCCUCCUGGGCCUACAUGAAUCACCCCCUCACUGCCAAACAGCCACACUUGACAGAUCUUUGGAGCAUGACCAUCUCCAAAGACAUAUAACUAGAUUAAACCAAAGCCAUAAAAUUAUUAUCCAAGAAUUCAGCAAGCUGUGUCUUUUCCAUCAAAUAACAAGUUACUGUUCCAGAAUUUUUCUCUUUUUGUGCAGCUUUCUGUGCAGUCACUGCGUAGACAUCAUGUAAACAAGAUUCAACCAACACUCAUCUGGUUUGUUUAAAGAAAUGGCAUUGACUGUUUUGGAGAGGGGGAUCACAGCUGGACGUCUUCAUGCAAACAACAGCUGGAACCAAACAGAUUUUUGACUCAGCUGUAUCUGCUUCACAUUUCUUUUUCCAGGAUGCAGAGGUUUUUGCUCUGCAGAGAUCUUUCAUGUUGAGCUCCACAGCAAAGACAAACUCAGUGAGCACUCUUUUAUUGCCACGCCUGCCUCUUUAACAUAGCUGUCUAUCUAAAUUACACUGCUGCACUACCCUUCAGGGGAACUACCCCCAUUGGCCGAAUGGCUGACGGCUGGCCCCGUGUUGCCAUGACGAGCGUCUUCACAUUGUGCAGCUCCUGCUGCUUGGACCUGGUAUUCUGGGAUCUGUUGUGGCGACAGUGAAUUCUGAGGGCCAUAAACAAGCUGCACUGUCAACAAACCAGUAUUUACCCAAACAAUAAAGAUGCAUAUUUCAUGGCCUUAAAGGUUUUUCAGUGACUUAACUCGUGUGAACUCCCUUACACUCCUGUGAGGAGUUUUCUUUGUGUUUAUAAAGAAGACUGAAUUUAUAUUAAUGCAUCUUUCUGAUCUAAAGAAGCAAACAAGACCAUUAGCAACAGGAAUGACAAAUAUUAUGCUGAUAUUUUUAAUGCCUGAAACUACUGGAGUGGGGAAGGGGUCAGGGGAGCAGCUAGCAAAUACUCUCAAUAAAUAUGGUUUUAAUUGUCACAAGUCAGCAGGAUGACAUUUUUUGUGGGAAGCCACUAUUUUAGCAUGUAAAGGAGAAUACAAGCCAAGACUGCUUCAUCCACAGGGGGCGCCAUAAUCUACACAAUCAAAAAGUUACUAACAGGAACUUAAAAUUUUAUUUUUUCCUGCAUUAAAAGAGUAGAGGUUGUUUUUCCAUGAUCUGUUUUUACGCACUACUGCUUUAAUUUGAAUACUUGUGUGUCUUUGCAGGACCUCAACAUGCACUCGUAAUGGGAUUGUAGCAGGAGUGCAGAGCAAGUACUUUGAAUCCGUCCUGGACCGGGAAUGGCAGUUUUACUGCUGCUACUACAAACGGCGCUGUCCCUACUCCUGCAUGUAGGUUCUCAGCAAUGACCUGUGAAAUACUGUGACCUGUAAAACAAUCUUAAUCCUAGUAAGAGUAAUUUCUUUCAAAUGCAUUGUGAACAAAUGAAGCAGAGCCAACAGGUUGCAAACCCAACUAACUUGAAUGGUAGAGAAGGGAAUUAAGGACCAUGGCUUGGCUUAAAGUCGCAGGAUUUAAUCAACCCAAACAAUAUCAUAGACAAUCUCCUGGUUUUAUAGAGGUGAUCUCAGACUAGUUUUUAGUUGCGGGUUUGCUAGCACAGACUCCAAGUCCUCACUGCUCUCAGCUGAGAAAGAAGUCCUAAAUAUUAACACCUGAAAAAAAGACAAGAUGCAGAAUGAAUAAUGAUGAUUUUUACUACAACUUGCAGAGGGUGAAAACUUGUGUUCCUAAAAAGUGAAGCUUGGCUGAAAUUGAAGCACAACAGCUAGACCAACGUUAUUGUUUACUGUUGAGCAUUAAAAAUGCUGUAAAAAAUGUCAGUAUUAACUUAAUGGAGACAUCCCCUUUAUAACCAAAGUCUGGGAUUUUAAGUCUUACAGUAGGUGUAUUGGUACAGUCAAUUUUGGAAAUGCUUACAGGCUCCAGUUUGUUUCCCAGUGGAGCCAAAUGGCAAUGAAAUGAUGCUUCAGUUGUAAUUCGGUGAAUAAAAUCAGCAAUGCAGAUAUGCCAGACAGGUUGGAUCAUGGUGAAAGUUUCAGCGAGGAAGGAAACCAGAGACAAACGAGCCUGCCAGUUCUGCUCGCCACCAUCUCCAUCAGCUGUCAACACAAAGUGACUGUUGUUCAUUCAAAAGAGUCAGUCCAAAAUGAGUCACUAAAAGGGCCUUAGAGGUGUUGGCUGGUAGGAUUUUCCAUCUUGUCACCUGGACAGAGCCAUGUUGGCUGCCUGCACCUGUGUUCAGUUUAUGAAUCAUGCUAAAGGGAGUAAAUCCUGGUUUCAGCAACAUACUGAGCAUAUGUCCAUAUAUGGCCUUAAAAGCAGCAGUUUGGGGUUUAAUUCUGGUGCUAUGCAAAAGUCAGACAACAGGUUAGCAUAAUGACAGUCUGAUCCAAUAGACGUCAUGUUUUGGGACCUUUUGGCCCAGAAAAUGAAUUGCGUUAUCCUGCAUGGGGUGUCACAGUGAAUGACAUUAAAAAAACAAAUCCAGGACACCUCACAACCUCCUGACUGAAAGUCAAGCACAUUUGAUUUUUCCUUCUGCUUCCACAAAAUGCUCUGUCACAUAAACCUAUGAGAACAUCACUCUACACGGUAAAGGUCGUGACAGUGAAAAAAACAAGGCAGUGCGAGUUCAUCUAUAGAGAUGGACAGAUGUUUAAACCAGAUGUACUUUUGGCUGAGCUUGACUGCUGUGGCCUGCCUGAACUUACACUGGACUCAAAAUGAUGAAUUACCAUUUAAAGGACUUUAAAGGUUUUAUAUUUUAUCUCAAGUUGCCAAAUAACACCAACUUUGAUUGUAUUUACAGGAAAACUAACGACAUCCCUGAAUAUCACAGAGAGGAGGGGGAGCUGGUGGUUCCCAGUUAUGGCUACUUCGUCCGAGGAGCUCAGACUACCUUCAGUGGAGUGCUGAGGUUUGCUCACAGCAUCUGUUUUCUUUCUUUAUAGCUUUUUACCUCAUGAGUAUCCAUUUGGAUCUUAUAAUGUCCAGAAAAUGUCUAAAUCCUCUCUGGGCUGAGCUGGAAGAACAUGUCUCUACAGUAUGACCUGUGACACAAGAAUUUACAGCUGCUUAGUUGCGACAGAGUUUAGUAAUUUAGGAUUGUUGAACUGACAGGAUUUUGUCUCUUGCUGUGUUUCAGAGAUCGGCAGUGGAAGUACAUCCUGUGCAGGUGGACAGACUUUGACUGUGAUUUUGAAAAUUUAUAGAUUCCUCUCAGCACUUUUUCUUAUCAAUGAACAUUUUAAACCAUAAACUGCGUAUAUACUCAUCCAUGUAAACAGAAACUGACAUUUAUAUACAGUCGUACAUAAUCCAUAUUUUCUUUCAUGUGUAUAGUAGAUCAGCAGAUGUGUGUUUAAUGCCUGUGUAAUCACAGUUUUCAGUCCAGCAUAGAAAAGUCAAUGCUCAUACAAUAAAACUAUUUAACAUCAACACAGAGGGUCUGUUGGGAUUUUGGACUCCACCAGACAUGUUGGACUGCUGAGGUGUUUUCAAUUAGUUGCGGGAGAAACUGGAAGUCUUUUGGCAGCAUGCGAAAGUCUCUUUCCAAAACAAACAAUUAUUUGAUGCUGUGUUCAUGCUGGUGGAAAACACUGCGUCAGGCUCUGCUCCAAAGUCUUUCAUUCAGAGUCACAUGACGGCACUGGCUGCGCAGAAUGGUUCUCACCAUUUUCACGGUCAUAAAAGCCUUCAGUGUUUUGAGGUGUGACUGAUGGGGAUAUUGUCUUGGAGGCAACACUUGGAACAAUUGUGUAUUUGUUGGAAGUGAUAAGAAGCUCUUUAAGAAUUACAGGCAACAUGAGUUUAGUAUGAAAUGAAAAAUAAUGCACCUGCUUUCAGCUGAUUUCACAGUCUGCUUUAUUAGAGUGGUUUGUUCAGUUACACAAUAUAACAAACUGGAACUCAUGUAACUACACCCUGUGAGUAUGGGAUUAAACUCAUCC